UUGCGAAUGACGUCAUGAUCGACCAUGAACACGUCAGCAUGCUAAUGACGUUGCUAAGGGCACCGUUCGUCGUAGACUUCGUAGCGCCAUGACCUUCUGGCAACUCUGGUUCCUCUGGCUUUCUGACCUCUGUAAACACAUACGCUUCAUAAAAGGAUUUAUUCAUCAUGCCGCACCCUUUAAUUGCUUGAUGGAGGCCGGUCGAGCGUUUAAUUGGGGCGAUGAACAAGAAAGUGCGUUUUUGGAACUGAAAACUGUAUUGACAGGGAAAGAGGUCAUGUCGUAUCCACAGGAUGACGGAAUAUUUAUUGUUGAUACUGAUGCAAGUAUUUUCGCGAUUGGUGGAUGUUUAAGUCAGAUGCAGUUGUUUUAAGUGGCAAAGGAAUAUGAAGCCAAACCUCAUCCUUGCGAGCAAAGAACUUGAUAAAUGCCAGCGUCGUUACUGUGCAACAAGAAGAGAGCGUUUGGCUGUUGUUACAUUUGUGACACAGUUCAGACAUAACCUAAUAGGUAAAGAGUUCGUUUAGCGAACUGAUUGUUCAAGUUUGAGAAGGAUUAUGUCAUUCCGAUCACCAACAGAUCAAAUGGCAAGAUGGUUGGAAGUCUUAUCGCAGUGCGAUUUUUGGAUACAACACCGAAGUGGCCAAAACAUGUUAAUGUUGACAGCCUUGGUUGAAUACCCAGUGAACCAGGAGCAUGUGAGUGUUAUGAAGGACAUUUAACACUAGGGGAGCUACCGUGUAAGGGGUGUGACUCAUGUUUGAGGAAACAUAAGCAGUGUUCAGAUUUCUCUCAAUUUGACGACGCGGUUCCUUUAUUUGCCAAAAGGAAUGCUGAGACAGCACAAACCUCACGAGUUUACAAAGUAAAACUUCAUGAAUCCGGAUUCUGGAGUUGAAUUUUCGUGCUGCUCCUGCUUCAGGUGUUUAAGUUGUUCAACAACUUUGUUGCAAGUUUCGUGUAUCGGGGAUUACUCAGAAUUGGGGACUAUUGUCGCUACCGGAUCUUCCGACUGCGCUUCCGUGAACAUUCGGACAACUCUGAUGCAGCUCACAGUGCAAAGUCGGGUGACAGAAACUCUGAAAUGUAGAAUAAAGACAGAACCCUUACAUAAGGUGAAUUAUCAUCUUCUGUUAAAAGUAUUUUGAAUUCGGCACAGUUAACUGUUCACCACAGAGAAUGGCCAAACUACAAAUGUGGGUAUCAUCACAGACAGCUAGCAAGGUCAAGAAAGAUGGUAUUAUGCCCCGGUAUUAUUCGACAAAGAAAUCCAGUCCACCGUUACCAAACCUAGUGCCCCACAACAGCCUGAUUUAAUGGCCGUUUAGCUGAUAAAGUGGUCAAUUAAUUGCUUAUUGUUUACAUCCGAGCAGUUAUACUUUGAUCCUACAGAUCAGAACUGGAAUCGGUCUAUCAGCAUGUUACACCUAAGUGCACAAGUUAAUAUAACACGUGUGUGUCUGCAGUGCAAAAAUUGAAUAAGCAGUGUGUUCUUUUAUAGUUUAUAGUUUAUAGUUCCAAACCAAUGACUUUUGUAUACAUUUUGUGCUAAUUUGUUGGAUAAAGUGAGUGUUUAUAGAGUGUUUGCAAAGUUCACUUGAUUUAAAACCGUGAACACUUGGAUUUAUUCUAUUUCAGAAUCAAACAUUUGCGCCAUAUUCUUAUAGCAUGUUGUAUAAUAUAUGUUUAUUUAAUAAGUAAGGCGCACAGGACGAUUUAGCAGGACGACUGCUACUUCUAAUUGUAUUAACGUAAUAAAUUUGUUGUGCCAAAAUUAUACAUGCGUUUAUGUUAAUUUUAAGUUAUAAGUGUAAGGCACUUAACGCGGACGGAUAUCAGGACUUAUGUGUAAUAGUGAUAUUUGUGAUUGUGUGAAUUCGUGCAAUUGAAUAUUAAUACUUUCUAGUAAUAAGUUGGACAAUUAAAGAAAAGUUUGUGGAUGUGCUUGUGUGCUUACUUUGCAUGUGACCACAAAUGUAUAUUCAUGUUUUCAUAUAAUCAAACUCUUACAAUGUUUAAAUAUAAGGCAUGACGUUGCAGAUCAAGUUUUCUAAGAAUAUUAUUUCGUUGAAUUGGUUUAUUGAUAAUUAAAAAGAGAGUAUGGUAAAUGCUUCAUUAUAUUGAGUGAUAAAUAUGUGUAGUUUGUAUUGAGAAGUUAAUUGCAAUACAAGUUAUUGUAUAUGGAUGUUCUUGUCAUGCUAUGUAGUAAUUUACAAGUGAUAUUCCUUGUUGUGGAGGUUUCUAAUCGUGUACAGGUAAUUUAAAUGGACGAUUCAUGUCAUAUUACGGGAGAGGACAGAAUGGCCGCCAUACGAAAGAAGUUAGUUAUUGUUGGUGAUGGUGCUUGCGGAAAAACCAGCCUUUUAAUUGUGUUUAGUAAAGAUCAAUUCCCACAAAAUUAUGUACCAACUGUGUUCGAGAACUAUGUUGCUGAUAUCGAAGUAGAUGGUAAAAAGGUGGAGUUGGCACUGUGGGAUAAAGCUGUGCAUGAGUAUUACGACAGACUGCGUCCCCUCUCCUACCCAGACACGGACGUCAGUCUCAUGUGCUUCUCUAUCGACAGCUUGGACAACAUCCCCGAGAAGUGGACGCCAGAGGUGAAACACUUCUGUCCGAACGACCCCGUAAUCCUCGUUGGCAACAAGAAAGAUACGCGUAACGAUGAAGCCACCCGACGUGAACAUAGGAAAAUGAAACAAGCGCCUGUUCGUCUAGAAGAUAGGAGAACGAUGUCAGAACGCAUAGCAGCAUUCUGCUACCUGGAAUAUUCGGCUAAAACAAAGGAAGGUGUUCGGAAAGUGUUUGAGAAAGCCACCAGGGCGGCUUUGCAAGUGGAGUUGUUGCUGUGUGAUUCAGCUGGACAGGAAGAUUACGACAGACUGCGUCCCCUCUCCUACCUAGACACGGACGUCAUUCUCGUGUGCUUCUCUAUCGCCAGUCCCGACAGCUUGGAAAACAUCCCAGUGAAGUGGAAGCCCGAGGUGAAACACUUCUGUCCGAAUGUCCCCAUCAUCCUCGUUGGCAACAAGAAAGAUACGCGUAACGACGAGAACAUCAAGGAGCCAGUCCGUACGGACGAGGGAAGAAGCAUGUCGGAAAAAAUCAAUGCUUUUAGCUAUCUAGAGUGUUCAGCCCAAACCAAGGAGGGCGUGCGUGAAGUGUUUGAAACUGCCACCCGUGCCGCUCUACAGGUGAAACAGAAGAAGGGCUGGGGGUGUCAGCUGUUAUAAUGAUUGGUGCAAGCGUAUUUGGGAUGGUUGUACUGACUGGUGAAUGGAGCUGGUGUGAGCAGAGACAUGUUGUUUUCACUGUGUAAUUGGCUUGUAUUACGUGACUCUGUGAACCUAUAGCAGUAUCCUCUUUCAUCUACCUGUAGUUAAGACCAAGACUUGUGACAAUAUGUCGAUUAACUAAAGCACCACAGCUUAUGUCUGUUGGAUAUUUUCUAGCUAAUGAUAGCUUUGGGGUUUUUUUAGAUUUCUUUCUGUUAACAUACAAAUAUCUUGGCAUUAGAACUGUUAAAAUAUUCAAUCAAUUUUCUUACUUUUUUGUCGAAAGGGAAUCUAUUAAUAGCCACUGUUGUCAUUAGUAAAUCGUUGGUUUAAAGAAGGAGCCAUAGCAUGUUACAUUUUCUUUUUCAUUCAGAGAAUGAUCAGAACUGUUAAUAAAUCGGCAGACACCUAUUCAUGCAUUUUAAUUUUUGGUGUUAACUUUCUUAUUUAGUAUGCAGAAAGUGAGUGAUGAAUUCACCAUUGAGCAUACGCCAUUGCUAUAAUAUGUUGACAUCUCCAGAAUUCACAAUUUGUGGCUGUUUGCAUGAACAAAAUAUAAGGCAUUUUAGACAUAUAAUUAUAGAAUGUAACAAUUAGUAUCGGCUUAAUUUCAUGAAGCAUAUCCGUUUGGAUAGUCUUGUCCAUUUCCUAGUUCUUAAAUAUUUAGAACACCCUUCUUAAUUUUCAAUAUACUCAAGUCAAAGACAUGGCCAUUCCUCCUUGUUUAAAUAAAAAAGUUUAUGUAGCUUCAACACUUUACACAAGUGAGCUUAAAAAGUGCAAAUGAUAGGCGGUGCUAAACCGUAAGUCAGAAUGUGUGUGUCUUGUAUUUAAUUUAACUGUAAAAUAAUUAAGUCUGUGAAAGCAGCGUUCUUAUUGCUGUAAAGCUGUAUCUGCUAAAAAUGUUGUAGAGAAGUUUGAUGGAAGAUUGUAAUCGAUUCUUAAUAUACACAAACUUUCUUAGUUCAUACAAUUUAUUACAUCUGUACUGUUUAUUGUAUUCAUUUAACUUUCAUGUACCGUUAUAUGGAUGUAACUUUACUUUCCAAACCCCUGCCUGUGUUCAAUGGCACUAAUUACAAAAAGAUGUAUUUUUUGUGAUAAUCAGUUCUAUAUAGAUCUGCAGUAUUGUUUUUGUAUAGCUCAUACAGUACAAACGUGGGAGUAUUUCCUUACAAAUACAUGUAUUACGAUAUUUACUGUUGGUUGGUUGUGGAAGAUAAGCAUGCUGCCUAUGUAUGCUACAAAUUAUCCGUUAUUUUUAUAAGUGCAUUUUGGUUA